GGCGGGUACUUAUCAAGCCCAAUGCACCCCCCUCCUCGAGCUCGGAUCCCUGUUGACACCCUCCUCUUCGUCCAGCUCCUCCUCUUCUACAUAAACACGCGCCCACGACCUCAACACGACCUCAACACGACCCGCAACACGAAAACCCACCCACAAGAAACGAAAUCGGAAAGCACAAUGUUCACCUCCAUCUUCAGCUCCAAGAAAAAGACGCAGACGAAGGCCGCCGUGGCGAAGCAUAGCCAUACUGGUUGCCAUAUGGCGACGUCGGCGGCGACGGCUUGGGGCGGUCACACUCAUGACGGCGGGUGGGCUGGUGCGACGGGGGCUACGGACGGGUUUGUUUCCCUCUCUCCCUCCGUGUUGAGGCUGUCAACUAGACGCUGACUCUUGUGUACUGUAGUAGCAGUGGCGGAUGCGGCGGCGGGUGCGGCGGU